AUGGCGAGGCUUCUGAGACCUCACAUCAGGACUUUCAUCACCACACACAUGAGAAACUCGUCCGACCAGCUGGGUGAGCUGGGUGGAGGUGCAGGAAAAGGUGGUGGAGGUGGUGGAGCCAUCAGACAGGCAGGUGGAGCCUUUGGGAAAAAACAAGCUGCCGAGGAGGAGAUGCACUUUAGGCGCUUAGAGCAGGAGCAGCUGGCUGCGUUGAGGCAGCACCACCAAGAUGAAAUUGAACACCACAAGAAGGAGAUUGAACGUCUGCAGCGCGACAUCGACCGGCACAAGGGAAAGAUCAGGAAGCUGAAGCACGACGACUGA